GUAGUGAGGGCUGAGCCGGUGAGUGUGGUGACAGCAGCAGCAGCAGCAUCAGCCUGGCUGUGUGUGUGUUGGUGUUAACACGGUGAGGAGGAGUUCACGGGAUGAACAUUAGAAACAUGGCGCUGCUCAAACACCUGUGAUACCUUCAAAACACGCACAGGCUGAAGUUGAACCAUGAAACUCGCCACGGUGGCCUUUUACGGGUUUGCUCUGGGGCUCCUGGCUGUUGGCCUGCGAGAGUUGCUGACUGGUUUCGAGGAGAACAGAUGCAGUAUGACCUAUAUGUUUGAAUACCCGGAGUAUCGGCGUGUGGCGUUGCCUCGUCGUGUGGCCAGACUCUACCCGGCGUACGGGCUCUACCUCUACGGAGAGGGUAUGUACGCCCAAGAGACCCGAGCGCUCAAACUCACCGGUGCCCCUGUGCUCUUCCUGCCUGGAAAUGCAGGCAGUUACAAACAAGCUCGCUCCCUGGGCUCUGUGGCCUUGAGGAAGGCUGAAAACAUGGAGGGAGGUCUCCACUUCAACGUAUUCACUGUGGACUUCAACGAGGAGCUGGUGGCCCUUUACGGCGGCAGUUUGCGCAGACAGACUCACUUCCUACAUGAGAGCAUUAAGGCCAUCCUGAGGCUUUACAAGCACCUGAAGACUCCUCCUCAGAGUGUGGUGCUCGUUGGCCACUCCAUGGGAGGAGUGGUGGCCCGGGCGCUGUACACUUUGCCCCGCUUCAACACCAAUCUGGUCAGCCUCAUCAUAACACAGGCUUCCCCUCACCUGGCUCCAGUGCUGGCUCUGGACCCAUACCUGCUGGAUUUCUACUCCGCGGUGAGACAGAAGUGGGUGAACCAGGCGAACAAGCUCAGGAAUGUCACAGUCCUUUCUGUUGGGGGUGGUUACCGUGACUACCAGGUCCGCUCUGGCCUAACAUCCCUACCUUGUCCUCCAGGAGACCCCAAUAAGUUGUCACUGGUGGCAACAGCAGUUCCCAGGACGUGGGUGUCCACUGAUCAUCUGUCCAUUGUUUGGUGCAAAGAGCUUGUUCUUGCUACAGUCAGGGCGUUCUUCGACCUCAUAAAUCCUGAAACCAGACAGUUCACAGAGAACCCAGAGAAGAAAAUGUCCGUGCUAAACCAUCACUUCAUCAGGCACCCUGUCAGGAUGCUGGGCGAAACUCAAGACAACUCCAUCUCCAUCUUAGAUUUUCCUGAAGCAUGGAGUGAAGUUAACACACUACGUCUGGCUUACAGCACACCAAAGGAAGGACAGGUCAAAUACUUUAUGUUUGCCCUGUCAAGUCGCAGGAAAGCUUACAGCCAUUUCUACUGCCGGAACAACAACUUGGAGAUGACUAGCUGGGUGUAUGGCUGCGUGCACAAGAACGGUUCUUCAUGUGUGCAUGCUGUGGAUCUGUCCAUGGGAACUGAGCUUCUGCCACCAUACAAGGUCCUGAUUCUGAGUCUCAGUGACUUGUCUUCAGUUACUCAUCUGGUUGUUUCUGCCUCCAACCUCAACGGCAAACAGUUCACGGUGGAGUGCGAGUGGCAGAGACAAGAAUCUCAGACGCUGUCUGUGCCGGUGCCACAUGUCCUGUCCUUUGGUUUGACCGUUAGUGAUGUUACGGUCAACUCCUCUGGACUUCUUCACACCAUCAAGCUGCAACACUUCCACCAGGUCUAUCAAGCUUUCAGAAUUAAUGUUGCAAGUCAGUGUAAAGUACAUAAAGAUAGACUUCCCAAUGUGUACAGGAUAAAUGUGCCGUGGUUUCGAGAGGACUCUAUAACCACCGUCAGCGUGCCAUCAGUGACCGAGAUCUCAGGGAUGCUCCAUACAGGCCGUCCAGACAACACUUCAGGCGUCCUCCUUCAGCUCCACACUGCCCCCAACUGCCAGUAUAAGGUGUCAAUAAGGACUUCAUUACCCAGAGUGCUGGGACAGAUACUGAGGUUCUGUGGUCCCAUGGUGCCGGUGUACACAGCUGUAACGCUCCUCCUGGCAUGUGGGGGGCAGCUGUCCUUCAUCCUGAAGUCAAGGCGAGCUGCAGACAUGAGACAGGUGGUGGGCAAAGGCCUGCUACCUCAUAAAGUCAAUCUGCCCAUUUAUAUUCUGCACAUCUUGCUUAGCUAUAGCUGGUUUCAGGAGGUCUGGUCAGUUCUUUGCCUCCCUCUUAUGGAUACCCUCCCCCCAACCACCCCUGAUGCAACAUUUCAUGAGGGCGAGGGAGCAGCUGAAGAAUGGCUCCAAUUCCUGUCACCUCUGCUUUACAUCUUUGGGGCAGCUGUUGCAUACUGGGGCAGCACACUCCUCCGUCUCAUUAUACGACUGGUCUCACUAAUAUUAGCUCCGCUACACAGACCAUGUGUCUCUCGAGACUGUGGCACCCUGCGACCGCGGACGCAGCUCCUCAUCACUCUGUGUCUGACCGUUACGGGUGGCACUUCCUGCGGGGCGCUAUCGAUCUUUGCUGCCUUCCUGCUCCACCUUUACAGGGUACUGAGGCUUCAGAUGGCAGAAAGAUCUUUGAGUCACAUGCUGAAUCUGGCACCCCAGAAGCACAAAGAGGUUGAGAACGGCUCGGUCGAUUUAAACAAGCCUAAAGAGUGUAAUGGUGCCCCCCUGCUGUCUGAGUGCGCUCUGCAGGAGGUGAGGGAUGACUUACAGCUCCACCUCUGCUUAUCAGCGCUCUUCACGCUCCCUGUCAUGCUCAUCGCACCCUCACUCAUCCACUGGAUUCGAAACCUGAGGUAUUCCACCCAGUUGGAUCCUGACCCUUGUUGGCCACACAUUGUGCCUGUAAUAAUUGUGUACAUGCUGCUUAUUAACUGCAACACUUUAAAACUCAGCAACAGCAAACUCCUGCCUCUCACAUCCUGCCUCCCUCUCCCCUUUGCCAUCGCCAUGGUGACCUUCUCUCCACUCCACCUUUACAGAGUCACCUACUUCCUGACGGCAGCGCUCGUCCCCAUGGCCUUGUGUUGCCUACUCUGACGGUAUCUGGCUGGUUUCAGUCCACAUCUCUACCAUAACAGGCCUUUCUCUAAAUUACAGCUUUACUCACUGAGGCUGGUUGAGACUGAUUUUGUCCCGGGAAGAUUUAUUCUGUCCAGCUUCCAUGGAGCAGAGCCAUAGACAUACAUAGCUUGGGGAACUGUCUGCUCAAUGUUGGCACUAAAAGCUCCAUGGUAAUUACACUAUGUUUUAAACUGAGAGGAUGUAAAGGCCUUGGAACAUUUGGUGCAAAUAUGGCUCCAUAAGGAUUGACGUGAAAACCAAGUUUGCCUUACUCUGUAUAUCUAUAGCUCUGCCUUCAAGGAGCAAGAACUCCACAACCAGUGAAGCUACUGAUACUAGAGAUUCAUAACAGGGUGUUACUGUUAAAAUGUCUUGUUUCUAGUGUCUUCAGUGGCAUUGUUCACUGUGGUCACUACACUGUAAACUCCUACACUGCCUACUGCUUAGCAAUGACUUAGAGUUGUGUCGUCUCUACCUGUUGACUGUCGCAGUCAUACAUCCAUUCCAUCAGAAAGCAUCCAAAUAAUCAUGUUUACAUUGUCCCUCAUUCACUUUUUGAUACAGAACAAUGACGUGUAAGGAGAAAAUGAUGUUCUCGUCUAUGUUCUCUGAAAGACAGUGAUGUAGCCAAACUGUUUUCAGAGGCAUGGCAAGCAUUCAUUUUGAGGUGUCUGUCCUUUUUUCCUCACGUCGCCAUGUGACUUUCAUUCACUCACUUAGGCAACAAUGACUGUUACAUGAGCAGCAGACCAGAGAUGAAUCUAAAAUAAGCAUCUCAUAGUCUUGUGGUCAGAAAUAAGAGUUUAAAUACUUUCCUACUUGAAUUUUAUGAGCAAAGAACUCAAAGAGAAAAGCAACAAGGAUUUUCAAAAUAAUUUAAAAUGUGUAUGUGGACACUGUCUCCACUUCAUCAAAACUAGUCCAACUCUCCAUUUUACCUGGUGUCAUGAUAAAUUCACUAUAAUGUGCAUUUUUACAGCACUGCUUCUAUCAGAACAAUUGUAGUGAUGCCGUAUUCGCCAAUCUGCUGCUCUGAGUUUCACUAAACAGAAAUAUUAUUCUUUCUAUUCAACAAAUCUCAAAACUUCCUGCACAGAUCUUUCAAAUUAAAAGCUUCCCAGGAUUUAUAGCCCUUCAUAGCCCUUAAUAGGGCGUAAUCCUCCUUUUUUUCCUAGUACACUGAUUCUUACACUAUGGUACGUUUAUUACUGGUGGUGCAUGACUCCCUCAAGUGGUAUGAAGAGGUAUUUCAGAAUCUUAAUGGAAUAAAUUCAUUAAAAAAUUAUACUCUCAAAAUACAAAAUAUUUUUGUAGUUAAAAUAGGAGAUCUCUGGUUCAUACACAGAGUAUGAAUACAUCCAUAAUUAGUCACAAGCUAAGAUCUGAUGGCAAGAUGGUUAGUGGAGGUAAAAUGAAUGAUUUAAAAACACUGUAAUUAUGGAUCAAAGUGGGAAAUAUUAGGAUAAGAAGUGUUCGUGUACCGUGAGAAGAUAUUUGCUUAAUCUGGGAGAAAAAAGUGUAUUGGAUUCGAUUUACAUUACCGAGAAUAUCUUACCGCACGUUUUAACGUGAAAUAUCAGUGCAGGUCAUGUUUAGUUUCACUGACUGUAGCUUAACUACGAUUCGAGAAAACUGUUACCGUUACCGAAAACCGUCGAGAAACUUACUGCUGGAUUUAUUGAUGUUAAAAUUCACGUUAUGCUGAUUUUAUCACGAGCGCACAACUAACUGCUGCCUUCAGUGAAGCUGCAGCUGUGCAGCAAUGGUUCAGCACCAAAAUAAAAAUGAAGCAGCGCUGCAUGAGGCUCUGCCAUUGCUUCAGUAUCAUCAUCAUCAACAACACUCAAAUCUGAUUUCCCUGUCUGAUGUUGACUUUCCAAACAAAAAUGAGCACCUCUGAAACAUUUUAAUCCACUGCUCAUUCAGUCAGCAGCCAAGAGAAGUAGUGACCUGUCACACAACAACAAACAACUGCAGCUUAUAGCGCACACUAUAAUUAUCUUUUUGCUUGGUUGUGUCAAUUCAAACACUCCUAAUUAAGCUACAGAGACAUCUUUUGGUGUGUUCUUUACGCUGUGUCAUGGCUUAAAAUUACAUGUACACAUCCCUGAAAGUAUUUACCUGAUGACUUUUUUUUACAGCACUGAAUCGAAGUGAAUGGAAUUAAGCUGGUCGACAGAAAAAGACUCAUGUAAAAGUAAAAACAAACAAAUGUGAAAGUAAAAACAACAAGCUAAACAACCUUAAAUUAAUAAGAAUAUCCGGCUUUACAAAAUCUGAAUAAACAUUAUAGUCAUUUUUUUUUCUGUUGAUCAGUAUCAAUGAAAAUUCCUGUGAGUCAGUGACCAAUGAAAAAAGUUCAAAGAGAGGUGAAUACUUCAUAGGCACCGCCGUAGUGUUUGAUCCGGCUUGUCCUAAUGUGCCAGAUUGGCAGUAAUGUGCAGGUGGUGAAUGGUUUAAUACGAUUACAACAAAAGUUUAUGAGGUGACUGUAAAAUAAAUAUGCUAAACAGACAAAUUAGCAUCUAAGAAUGGGAAGAAUCAUAAAUAUUAUUUUUUUUUUAUGUUAUGGACACAGUCACAGCAUAAAACUACAGACAAAGCUCAACCUUGAGGUUCAUAACGACUAUCAUCACUUGUGGUCACUGGUAUUUUCAUACAGAACCUGUACAUCAUGAAUGAAUGAAUCAUCGUUUGAAAGUUUAAAAAACAGAUUAUUUACUUUCACUAAGCCUCGGAUUUAUGUUCAGUGGACAAUUAUGCGCCGUGUGUUCAGUAUUGCUGCUGAUAAAGUAUGAUUAGAGAUUAAAACAACAACUUCUAGCUUUUAACCUCAUGCUGUAAUUUUCUUUGCACUGCUGCAGUGUCGAGGUUAAUAAGCAUUUCGCGGUUUUAUUAAAGCAUGUUGAGCUAUCAUAAUCUACUGCAAACUAACAUCAACCACACAUGAAGCAGUACAUCUGUGACAACAAAAAUCUGACCAUUUGAAUGAUUUUUUUUUUUCUGAAUAUAAGACUUAGAAGACAAAGCUGGAGCUAUUUUUCUUUCUGCCAACAGUGUGUUAUUUCGACUAAAUAAAUUCUGACUUACCAACUCCAAGCCCACAAAGACAUCCUCUCACAAACAUGCACUCACCGGCCACUUCAUUAGGCACACCUGUACAAUCUGAUGUGAUCCAAUGCGACAACUCUGCCAUGAAUUCUAUUUUUACAAAGUGUAUAAUUGUCAGAAAGACGAUAUAUUUCUUAUAAUUAAGUUUGUUAUUCAGGUCAUAGUUGUUGGUGAAUCACUGGAGUGCAUUAUAUUGAAAGGUUUUUCUAAUAUGGCCCUGUCAUGUAUGUAAAUAGACAAAAUAUGAGAGACCCCUCUCAAUAUAAUGCACUUUAGUUCAAUCCCACUGGCAACUACAACCUCUAAUAAAAUUAUAGUUAAAUUAAUACCUCUCUGGCCUUUGUAAAGGUAGAGCUGUUGUAUUGGAUCACAUUAGAUUGCACACGUGUACCCAGUAAAGUGAGUGUAUAGUUUCCUAAGCAGCCGGACACUCAAGUUUUUAACAGUUGUUACUCAAACAGGAGGAAACGUAUUUGUUGGGGACUAUUUUCAGCGGUGGAUUAAUCAACAUUUGGUGUUGAACUGCGUAAUGAUGGCAGCAGCAUAUUGUAUGUAAGAUUCAAAAUAAACUACAUUCAUUGUUGGUUUGACAGAAAGAGAAAUGCAGAAUAUAACCAGCCUUUAUCCUUUUAAUGCAAGGUGAGGACAUCAUGACAGCAUGAAGCUGGAAGUGAAGUUGGAUUCAAAUUGAAGAUUCUGUUGCCACAUUCGCUUCAAACCAUCGUUGUGGUUGUUUCCUGUGUGGUGUUUGAAUGUGGUGUGUUGUUUUGGCGUGUAGGCCUAACAUCUAAACUUUUUUUUUAACUGUGCCAACUAUUUCCAUUUAAGGCUAGUUGCACUCACACUGACCUUCCUUUGGAGACAUUCAGACAGAAUCCAGCCCUGCUUUUAAAACUCAACCUGUGGCAGAGGAGUUAAGCCAAAUCCAAUUUCUGGAAAAAUGCAGCCCAGCGUCAUGCUGUGGCCACCAAUCAGAUGAUCAGAUUGAGCUAACCCCUCCAUAGUCAGCCUGAAAUAUCUCUGAAACUCUGAGACUAUCCAGGUGGAUUCAACUACGAUACUCUAUCUGUUGUGUUCUAACUUUGUUUAUUUCAUGUACCCAUCUUCUAAAUCUGUUUUUGGAGUGCAGUGUACACUGCAAAACAGUGACACAAAGAAGUUUUAAUUUGGUUUGUCUGAUGGUUCGAGAGAGAGAGCUAGUAGUGGUUCAGAGACCUAGACAGUGAAGGAGAGUGAGGGAGUGCUGGGAUCAAUAAGCCGGUUAAUCAGUAAAAUACAAAAUGAUUUCCUGACUGUUUCACAGUGGUUACAACAACCCUGCAGCACUUCACCGCAGCAGCCGAUCCUGUCUGAAUGCGCCCUUAGACUUUUUAUCAAUCAAUCCAAUUAAGAAAAAACUUGAAACACAAGUAAAGACUUGUUUUACAGUGUCUGUUAACAUGACACUUGAGUUUUUGUAUUUUAUGCCUCGCUUUGUUUAAAUUUGUGUCUUAUUGCUUUGUCUUACAUCCGUCUGCUGUUGCUCACACCCCCUCAUGUCAGUGAAGCAGCUGCUGUGCCUUUUUGAGCAGUUCUCACACCUGCCUGUCCGUUUAAACCCAUGCAGUCCUCAGCUAAAUGAUGAAGGCCUACAGUGAGUGGAAGUGCACUUCAUUGGUUCUGUGUGAAUGUGCACAAAAAUACUCCUUCAACACUUUUUUUGAUUUGCGUGACUUUAUAAUAACUAGAUACUAAAGAGAAGUUCAUUAGGGACCAAUCACUCGAGCAAGCAUACAAUCACAAGUCAACAUACAACAAAGACGCCGCUGUUUGUUCCCAAUGUGAAUGUACCUGCACUGAAUGUCUCUGUGUGUUUGACUUUAUACAGUUACUAGUGGUGUAAGUGAUCAGCUUUUCUGUGCACUUGUCUGUUUGGUGCAGUUUUAGCGCUUUUUGAGGUGCACAUCGUCCGUCUCGUGAAUUGGUGGCAUUCACUACUUUGUAGAACAAAUUAGAAGAGAUGAGUUCUGUUUUUAUAUGAAUAUAAAUGUGAUUUAUAUCGGUGUUCACUGUGAUCAUGUCGUAGUUCCAGAUUUACACAUGAAGGUUUUCUGUUUCAAACUGGAAAAAUCAACUUGGUGGUCAUCAAUUUGGUGGAAAGAAUUGUGACAUUUUCUCAGACAAGAUGAUGUUCUGGAACAUUUUAAAAUGAGGUUUUGUGUGUUUUUGUCUAAAAAUAUCUUGAAUUUUACAGUGAGACAUAAAAGCAGCUUAAACAUAGUUUGAAGUCAACCAGAAUUAGGUUGAAAGUUGGAUUAAAAUCAUGCAGAAACAUAAAGAAACUCAAAUAUGUGGUGAAACAGAGUGUGGUCCUGUUGUCUCCAUCUACAACCUUGAUUCCAAAAGAUGGGAUGCUACUAUUUAGUUACAAAAACAAUAGUUUAACAAAUUGAACAUUGAAUUAUUUUUAUUUAUUAUUUUUUGUUUCACACAGCAUUACAACAUUUUUGUAGUCAGGGUUGUACCAUCUACAGUGUUCACCUAUGUUACAUUUGCCAAGAUUGAAUUCAAACAAAGGAAUCUUUGAGUGAACACAUGAUUUCUACACUUUAACAUUAUUGUGAGUCUUUCCCUGUAUUUAAAUGCUUCUGGGUGUGAGAGAUCAAGUUGAACAAACAUGAGUAAUUUGAGGAAACGGAGUAAAGUUUAUGUCAGUAAAAUGGCACCAUUUAUUUAAUAAAUACCAUUAAUAACAAGAGUAGCAGUCUUAAUUUAAACUGACAGCUAAAUCAUAUAUUUAAACACUAUUGUUACAGAAACAAAAGAUUUUAGACUCAAGUGUUUUUCAUGACGGCUUUUCUUUCAUAAAUGACUUGGAUAGUUACACUCUCAGACUGUUUCUGGUAUCUUAUUUAAUUACCUUGUCAAUCAAAUGUACAUUUACUUAUGCAGCAUAUUGGAUGAUAAAGGAAAAAACUAAAACGUCCUACCGACAGACGAAGUAGUCACAGAUUUCUCCUUCCUUUCUAACAUUCAAAUUAAAGCACUAUCACCUGCUCUACUUACUUGGAUUUAUCACUUUAAAUGUGGCAAGAAAAAAAGAAACUUGACCAGCUGCUGUUUUAGCCAAGAACGUAAACCCUUCGUCAAACUAAAUUUUUAAUAACGAGUAUUUUAACAACAUAGAUUUCGUGCAGUGUAACAUACUUCUGCUCCUUAUCAGCAAGUCAUAAACAUGUUUUUAUGUCCGAAGCACAUACAUCUUGCAUGAAGGGGCAUCCUUCACAGAAAUGACUUAUAAUGACAACCAACAUCGACCUCUAUGAAACUUUGAAAUUCUGUAACAAAGUUGGUUGUUGUUACAGAGUGUUACAAGUGUCGCUAACUUUGUGUGAGAGAUGGCUGUGAAAAUCAUCUCACGUUAGUUUUAUUGUGUUCACUAUUUUUCUUCCAAGGAAUGAAAAAUAGCUUUUCUUUUUCCAGUGUUUAUCUGGUAAUAUGGAAGUAAAAAUCAUAUUAAAUGUUAAAAUUGUCUAUAAGUGCUUUUAUAGUCUGGUAACCUUAUCAGUUCUUUAUUCUGCUUCUGCCUAGAGUGACUUUAAAACCUGUAACCUCCUGCUAGCUGGUCCUUGUUGUGCAGAACUAGUUAGUCAUCUGAUUUUUAAUACUAUACAGUACCAGGCAGUUAGGUGACAGAAAAUAAUACCAUGUCUAAAAGGUAGUUUUUUAUUUAUUUAUAUUUUUUGGUGAGGCUCAAGUGUGGAAGAGUAUUUUCUCCUCAGGUUUAAGCAUUAUUGUGUCAAAAUGGAUUGCUUUGAUGUUUUUAUAUUUCUCACAUUUUUAUCUGAUGUCAUUGUAAAUUGGCAAACUGUGCAAUUUUUCGGCACUGUUGUUGUUGCAAUAAAACCAAGAUAAAUAAUUUGAG